AUGCGUAUUGAAACAUCUACCAAUGAAAGGUAUCUCAGGACAUUGAAUAUUGGAAGUUUUCCAGGAGAUGUUUUACAAUUCCAAGAGUCUCAAGACUUCUUUCAACAGUUGAUCUUCAUUGAUUAUCAAUUACAAUUAUUACUUCAGAAUGAGUUCGGUAAAAACGAAUUCAAAACCGCUAAACAAAUGGAAUAUCAAGGGAAUACCACGGUUCGUGAGAAAUUGACCCAAUUGAUAGAUUAUGUUCAUUCUAUAACUUUGAAUUAUGGUAAUUCAACCAAUUCAUAUGAUGAGAAGUUAUACUAUUCCGUCUUAAUGGCCCAUUUAUACUAUUUAAAUUCUCAAAUCAGUGAAAUGAAUCAAAUUUUGAAUUCAGUUACCGUUCCUGUCAACUUCACAUUUGAUCCUAAUGCAACUUUAAAUCAAAAUGAAUUUGUUCAAUAUUUAAAUUGUCGUUAUCAUGUCUUAUUAGGAUUAACCAAUGUUGAUAGUGCUUAUAAGAUUUGGCUUGAUUAUUUACUUCAUUUUUCAUUACCAUUGAGUAAAUCAAAUGUAUUAGCCAAUUAUUGGUUAGAUCUUUUAUUCUUGAAAUUAGCUAAUAAAUUAAGUCAAAAUGGGUUAGAACCAUUAUCUUUCACUAAGAAUGUUAAACUGAUCAAGUUUUAUGCUAAUUCCCUUGCCACUAUUUGUUUCAGUCAAUUCUUAUUAAGACCAGAAAAUUCAGGAUUAAUCAAUGAUACAUUUAGAACUGGAUAUAAUCAAUUUCUUUUAGAGCAAUUAGAAGGAAGAAUUUCAAAUAAAAGUGCAUUCCCAAACGCUUCAAGUUCAAAUAAAGAAUUAGAUGAUUAUGUGGCAAACUUAUACGAAUCAUUAAGUAGAGUAUCUAAUCAUCAAGUUGUAUUAAAACCAACUUUAUCAAAGAAAUUCUUAACUAAUUCCAUUUCCAAAACUUAUCAAUCACAAACCGUGUUAUCCAACUUGAUCAAAACUUUAAUUGACUUGAAUGAAUAUGAUGAAGCCUUUGCUGCAUUCAGAACUUAUAUCAGUUACUUAGAAGCUGAACAAGAACAACAUGAAGGUCACAUCACUAACGUUUUAUUAAUCAUUGAUAUUUAUUCUAAAUGUAUUUUAAGUUUCAAUCCUUUGAAAUCAAUCAUUCCAAAUUCCAAAAUUAGAAAGUUUAAACAUACUACUGAAGAUCGAAUUGUAACUGCUUUACCAGAAUUCAUAGAAUCACUUAAAAAAUACUUGAAUAAAUUAACCGAAUACUGUGAAAUAAAUUAUGAUCCUGAAGGUGAAACUGAUCUGAAUCCAUUAUCUUUCCUUUAUCGUAAAUACAAUGUCAACAUCUUAUUAUCUGAUAACAGUCAAUUUGUGGAAUUAGUAUCUAGAGCAUGGUAUUCCAUUGGUUAUUAUUACUACUAUUUAUCAGUAUAUGGAUCAGCUACUGAAGUUAUAUUAGACAGUAACAUUUCCAAUGUCUUAGCCAAUUAUAAGAAUGCCUUAAUUAUUAAUUCUACUGGGAAUGGUCAUUACUUAUUUGAUUAUGCAUUGGCCCUUAGUAAUUUUAAUCAAUUGAAACCAGCAAUCAAAUUAUGUAAGUUUAUCUUAAAGAAAUUUCCUGAAUCAUUCAAGACGUGGAAUUUAUUAGUAUUAUUACAAUCAGCAUUAGAAGUUAGUGAUCCAGAUUCUCAUAGAGAAGCUAUCCCACUGAGAAGUUUCACUGAUGCCGAUGAAGAAGAAGAUACUCAUGAAGAAGAUGAUAAUCAAUUAAGUGAAGUUAACAAGAAGGAAUUAGAACUCAAACCAAAAUUAACUGAACUGGAAAAAUUCGCCAAUAAUGCUUUAAAUAUUGCUGGUCUUGUGAUAUUAAGAUAUCAACAACGAGACACGAAAUUAAGUAUCGAAGCAAGAUAUGAAAUUUUACAAUUGAAAUUAACUCAAUUGGCAGUAUGGGAAUCAGUUCAUGGUGUUCAAUAUAUUUUAGAUUAUUUACCUGAGAUUUUCAUUACUUAUCAUGAAUUAUUUGAUAAUAUCGAAAUUGAACCAACUCCAAUUCCAACUUCAAAUUCUCAUAAUAAUGAAAAGAUAUUAUCUACUCAAUCAAAAUGGUCUCAUAGACCAAGUUUCAUUGAUCCAUCUCCAAGUGCCGUUCCAAGUAGUGCCACUACCAACAAUAAAGAAAAAUUGACUUCAGGAGUGGAUAAGAUAAAAAGAAUGUCAGUUUUGAAUACUACUCGUAAGGAAUCAAUUGAUACUCCUCGUACUAGUAGUAUUGCCAUAGAUAAUGUCAUUGAACGUAAGAUUUUACAAGAUUUAUGGUUGUGGACUGCCAAGAUAUUCUUAAAGAUUGGAUUGUUAACCGAAGCUGAACAAUGUAUCGUGGAAGCUGAAACCAUUUAUGAACCAAAUCAUAAGACAUUCAGUAGUUUAGGACAUUUAACUUCCAAGAAUAGAAAAUUCUUAUCAUUACAAGAAUAUGAAAGAUCAUUAGAAAUCUUAACUACCAAAUUCCCUUAUAAUAAACCAGAUUAUGGUGAUACCCUCUUAGGAUUAUGUAAACUUUUCCUUAUUGAUGAUAAGCUCACUAAUUCAUUAUUCAUAUCCAGUAAAGAUGCCGAUGCUGGUAAAAUCAGAUUAAAGAAUCUUUUAGAGAAAUUCCAAUUAAGUUGGCCAUAUGGAUAUAAUAAUGUCGAAGUAUGGUAUUAUUUAUCCAAAAUCUACGAAACCAUCGAUGAUAAACUCCUUUUAAGAAAGAGUUUAUGGAAGAGUGUCGAAUUAGAGGAUACUCGACCAGUUAGAAGUUUUAGCGUAUGUGACAGUUACCACUAUUAA